CCAUCUUGUGUUUGUUCGUCUCGUGGCUGCUGCACAGUCGACCUCAGCAUUCUUUAACCCUUCAAUGUUGACCUUUCACCUACAGGAAAAGAAAUAUCUAUUUAUCUUCCGUUGUUACGAACUCCGACUGUGUGUGUUAAACGUGAUUCAAUGUUGACAGAUAUGGUAUCUCUGCUACAUUACCAUAAAACGUGAUAUUUCACCACAUAAUUUUAGCUGACUUAAUAGUUCCACACCGUCUACGUAUUUGACUAGCUGGCUAGCUGCUAGCAAACAAAGGAACGUUGUAAAACCAUUAUUUUUACACUGAAUAGCAUGACGAACAGACUAACGUUAAAUGUUAUCCUCUAGUUAUUUGGGACACUGAAGAUGUAGUAUUUUGUUAAUAAACUCGAUGUUUUCGAUCACGCUUUCAAUAUAUCUGUGUAGGCCUAAUGUCAUGAUUAAAUCGGUUAAAAUGCUCGGUGAAGCUCCAAAACACCUAACAUGUCAAUGGAUGCUAAAGCACAUACUGAUAGCAUUGACGAUGGGAUUGUAAAGUGCUUGCGCCAUUCUUUUGAGCAACACGUUCUGUGCCUCCAAAUUUCUCAGAGGAAAGCUCAUCCUGCUCGUUGACUCCGCAGAUAUGAUUUCUGUGUGUCACAUAAGUCUUUGUCUUCCAGUCUCAACAAUUUCAUGUACAUCAUGGGCCUGUGAAGUGACAGCUUUGAUGUUGUUAUCAGCAUGGAUGGAGAGACUCCUCAAAUUCAUCUGGUUUCAGGAGAAGGUUCAGCAGUGGGCCUAGGACAUCGCAUUCAGAUUGUGACAGAUCAACAGACAGGCCAGAAACUACAGAUUGUUACAGCAUUGGAGCAGCUGUCUGCUGGGAAACAGCAGUUCAUCUUGGCCAAUGCAGAUUAUGGCACAGCAGGCAAAGUGAUUCUAACCAAGCAGGAGUCCCCUCAGGGCAAAGUCAUUCUUGCUACACCCGAUGGCAAUCAGCUAUUGUUUACCUCCUCUGACCUAGCUGGACAACAAAUACAGUUUGUGACCGAAGAUGGUUCUGAGCAGUCACCUGUCAAGACUUUGGUUGAGUACUGUGUGGUGUGUGGAGACAAAGCCUCAGGGCGACACUAUGGAGCGGUGAGCUGUGAGGGCUGCAAAGGCUUCUUCAAGCGGAGCAUCCGGAAGAACCUCAUGUACACAUGCAGAGGAUCAGGAGAGUGUGUUAUCAACAAGCAUCAUCGCAACCGCUGUCAAUAUUGUCGACUGCAGCGUUGCAUAGCUGUUGGCAUGAAGCAAGAAUCUGUUCAGUGUGAGAGGAAGCCAGUGGAGGUAUGCAGAGAAAAGCCCAACAACUGUGCUGCAUCCACAGAGAAAAUCUACAUCCGGAAGAACCUGUGCAGCCCACUGACUGCAAUGCCCACCUUUGUGACCAGCAAAGCAGCAAAAUCCUCAGGUUUGCUGGAGUCUAGCAUGCUACUAAACAUUCAGCAACCUUUUCCCAAAGUGGAAAACACAGUCCUGCUCUCAGCAUCUCCUGAAAUGAAUGAGCACUCCCAGGAUGACCUGAGCACUCUCGCAAAUGUGGUCACGUCCUUGGACCACCUGAACAAGGCCCGGGAGAUGAGCGAUGGCUGCCCCGACACGCUGACCACAGAGAGGCAAAGCAACGAGGAUGGCACCACAGCUGAGGUUCCGAUGGAUAAAGAGCAAAGUGCGAGUGACAUAACAAGGGCAUUGGACACCCUGGCAAAGGCUCUGAACCCCGGAGACAGCCCUGCUGAGGAGACCCUGGAGGCCACCAUGCAACUGGUGUCGGGAGACCAGUCUGGCAGCAUCCUGGAGCUGGAGGGCCCGUUGCUCUCAGACUGCCAUGUGCCCUUCAAGCUAAUGAUGCCUUCGCCAACGCCUGAAUACCUCAACGUGAACUACAUCUGUGAGUCAGCCUCCCGCCUCCUCUUCCUCUCGGUGCACUGGGCGCGCUCCUUACCUGCGUUCCAACUUUUAGGUGGGCAAGAGAAUGAAAUCAAUUUGAUGAAGGCUUGUUGGAACGAGCUGUUUGCUCUCGGCCUGGCUCAGUGUUCCAGUGUGAUGAACGUAGCCACUAUCCUGGCAGCCAUCAUCAACCAUCUUCAGACCAGUCUACAGGAAGAGAAGGUCUCUGCCGAGAGGAUCAAGCUGGUGAUGGAGCACAUCUGGAGGAUGCAGGAGUUCUGCAACAGCAUGGCCAAGCUCUCCCCAGAUGCGUAUGAGUACGCCUACCUCAAAGCUGCCGUCCUCUUCAGCCCUGAUCACCCAGGCAUUGACAACACCCUGCAGAUCGAGCGCUUCCAAGACAAGGCCAUCAUGGAGCUGCAGGACUAUGUGGUCAGGACCUAUCCUGAGGACGCAUACAGGCUGUCCAAGCUGCUCCUGCGUCUCCCGGCGCUUCGACUGAUGAGUGCGGCCAUCACAGAGGAGCUCUUCUUCGCUGGUCUCAUUGGCAAUGUCCAGAUCGACAGCAUCAUCCCCUAUAUCCUUAAGAUGGAGUCCACCGACUACAACAGCCAGGUGGUCACUGCGACAGUCUGAUUCAGUGAAGUCCACUGUCUUGGCUGUACUGCUGAUCACAGAUUGCAUGAGCAAGAUGGGCACCUGCUUAAGGUCCUCCUACCUUCAGUUGUUAAUACUGUGGAUGGAGUUAAUAAUUUCUGCCUUAAAAGAGGAGAGACAACAGGCCCGGAUAUGUGAUCAUCCAUGUAAGACAAAGAAAUGCAGCCCGUCAUGAGGUCUAGUCCUGGCAUUGACCUGAUCGUGACUAGACCUGGAUAGGCUUUGCCACAAAAUAUUUACUCAUGACCGGACAUGCCCUGAAACACAAUGGCUGCUGUGCAUGAAGGCUGUUACAGCCACGCCGAAAGGUGAAUUUUCAUCAACUGUUUCUGUAUUUUCAUUAGUUGAUUUAUCAUUGCAAUCAAAGCCAUAUAAACAGAACAUUUCAUUAGUCGGGCCAAUUCUUGCUUAUGGUUAAAUCCAUUACAAUUAAUGUAAUUAAUAAUGAUUUGAAUAAUGAUAAAAUUACCAUUCUAUGUAUUUAUUUAUUUAACAUAAAUAUUUAGCAUAGAUGGGAACCCUUUGAUGGUGGAUGAGCUAACAUGUAAUUGUGUCUUUAUGACUCACAAUGUUGUGAGCUUGGUGAAAAGCUGAAUAGUGUAAACAGACAAACAGCUAGCAGAACCCAGAGCUGUGCCCACACAACAACAUGCUCCACCAGCCCACAGAUAUUUCUUUUACCAGUUUUAGCUACGAAUGCUUUGGGAGUUAUUGUAUACGCAAUCAAAUUUUGUUUUUAAUUCCGUAUUUUAUUGUAAGCAUUUUUAUGGGUAUAGUAUAAGAGUUUUUCUACUUUGAUAUGUCUUGUCAUUUUGGAACAUUUGAGAUUUGCACGCUUUUAAAAUUAGUUUUAAGGGUAUCGGACCACAUGGUGCCCAUCUUGCCGUUCCAUCUCAGUUCUGUUCUCGUUUAACUAUCUUGUAUAUCCAACUGUGGUGAGUGUAGCCAACAUCCCACAAAAAAAAAACUAAUUUAACUAAUGCAAAUUGGGCCAUGUUGGCUUCAGUGGGCUGCAACAAAUAAUUAAUAACUUAAGAGGUUAAAUUAACCGCCUGUUCUAAUAAGUCUUGUUUUAACCGCCUGUUUUGGUUAUCAAUCAAUCGGUUUCAGUAGGGUUUUUUUUUCUUCUCUGAUUCCAUCUUGCUAAAUUUGUUUUUUUUCUAGCUGACUUACAGUUCUAUGACAAUAAACUGAAUGUGUUUGGUGUAAGGACAAAACAAGGCACCAUAUGGCUUGGGCUCUGGAGCACACUGGCUAACGUUUGAUACCACCUAAUAGUCCAAACAGAUAAUUCAGGAAUUGAACAAAUUUAACAGUAUUCAUUUAUUAUUAAGAUACUAUUAAUAAUAAUAUCUGAUUAAUAGUAAGUUACAGUCCUAAUUGUGACAUUGAAACUUCAGAGGCCUUUACAGGGUAGUUUUAACUUCUGAAUGACCUUUUUCUGUCAUACAUGUAUAAAUUUGUAUAGAGGUAAGUGUUACAGACCACUAUGAGGCCCACCCUUUUGAGAACAACAGUCUUGGGGAGGGGAGCGAAGCCAUUUUAUUGUGUAAGUUGGUUGUCAUAACUUUAAUCAUGUAGAACACCCAUUUGCAUGUUCUUGAGAAAAUCUUUUAACUUAAAAGUGUCAAAGUAUCCGGUUGUCUUUGAUUUAACAAGUUAAUGAAUUGGCUUUUUUUGUAUGGCUUAUGACACAUUUUGACAUUGUGGUGCUGUAAUAACCUUCCGGUAUAAUAUCAGCAACACCUUGUUCAGCUUCAGGCUUGUCUAGUUCCCCUAAAUUGUAAUGAGGGCUUUGAAACGUUUUUGAACAGAGAGAAGAAAGCUAAAAUGACCACUAUGUGACAGAAGAGUAUGCAAAUGUGAAAAGGAGAGAGGAAGCAGAACAACGGCUUCUGAACUACUGAUUAUGAAGAUAAAGGAAGAAAACACAGAAGGUUUACCCAAAUAAUGUUUCAAUGAUGCUGCAUCUGGAGUCCUUCAAUUAUGGGAUAUAGCUGACCCACAGCAACAAUUUAGAAGUGUUUAGCAAAACAUAUCAUUUCACAUUUCAGCCUAAUUUCUGUCAAAUAAUAAAUAACGUAAUAUCA